AGAGAAACUUGAGACAAGAUCAUUCAUGUUCAUGAGUCCGUUUUCAAUUCAAGCAGAAGAGAGAUGAUUCAUAAUUUUGCAGUGAACUAGAAUGGCUAAUCUUCUUGAAAAUGUUACCAAUAGUAUUUGGCAUGCAUUUAAUGCAUUACAAACAGAGAAGACUGGCAACGUGAUGAAAUCCAAACUCAAAGUGCUGACUGCAAAUAUAGGCACUUUGCUCGACUUGUAUGGAGUUGAAAAAGGAUUAGAACAUUUUCGUAGCACACCCAGCCUUAAUUUCCAUCACUACAAGUACUAUCUUCUAAAAGAGGUGUUUUCGUCGCUUCCAGACUCUUUAACAUUGCCUUCAUUGAGGCAGUUCGAAUCACGUAUUGAUGAAGUGUGCUGGCUGAUAUGCAAGAAGAAUUUUGUACAAAGAAGUAACCCGAUUUUGCCCGACCAGUGCGUCUACAGUAUAUUCCGUGUCUUCUGUAUGCUUGCUGAUCUUUCAUUUUCAUCAAAUAUUUUUUCGAUUUUGCAGGUUGUCCUACACUCGUCGGAGGUAGCGCUGGUCGCCUCGCAACUAGUGACCUCUCUCGGGUUAGAGUGGAACGAGAACAGUUUUGCUGAGCUCAGCAAUAACACGGUGGGCUUCCGGUUCUCGACCAUGCUGACCAUUCUGGAGACUAAGUACUUCACCGGCGUCGAACAGGAUGUGUUGAUCGAGGUUGUCACAGACCUGUGUCACACGUUCGUCGAUGACGUCAUCAAAAAGGGUGUGCUGUUGAAACGGGGCUACCUGCUGCCGACAAUGCGCGAGUACUGGUGCGUGCUGCAGCCGACGCAGCUGACCUACUACAAGAGCAGCCAAUCAGAGCAGCUGGCUGCCGGCUGCAUCCAAUUGGACGCACACUGCUGGGUCGACUCCACCACACACGCCAAUCGACUCAUGCUGCACACCAACGAACGCUGUUUCGAAUUCAGCGCCUACGAUCACAAGACUCGGCUGCAAUGGGUGUCGGCCCUGCAGUUGGCCAUCCACUCGUCGGCCGACUCGAUCGGCUACCAACGCCAGUUAGCACAGCGCAGGCGCAGGCAGCGCGACGCCGACCUGGAGGAGAGGAGGCGUCGGUCCAGCCUCAUGCACGACAUGGGCGCCAAACUGCAUGCUGAGAAAAUGGCUCGAGUGGCAGCUGAACUACAAGCUCAAGAAAUAAAAGAAGUAAAAGAGAAAGAAAUCGAAAUGCUAGGAACACGUUUAGAAGAAGAAACGCAGGCUAAAAGAGACGAAGAGAUUGUUCGUAAUCUACAAGCUAGAGUUUUAAGAGAAGAAUGGGAGAAACGAGAAGAGCUGGAACAGUUACAAGAGGAACAGAGGUUGAUGCUGGAAGAGGAGAGGAGAUUACGUCUGGAAUUUGAGGAGAAACAGCGCGAAAAAGAACUGCAGUUACAAGAAGCUCAGCGCAAACUGAAAGAGCUGGAAGCAGAGAGAGAGCGCUUGGACAUGGAACUGAAAGGAGCCAAGGAUAAAAUUUAUUUCGGGGACCAAAGCAACACUGCUAAGACAAAUUCUCAGGUGAAAGUGAGACGUACCAUGUCAUUUAUGCCAUCAACCAGAGAUGGGCGUUCGAGUCGCUCACCUUUAUAAUCCUCACUUCGAUUUUAUGAGCAAUGGUAAGCCUUACUAACUCAGUUCUAGAUCAAAUCCAUCAUUAAUGUAUAGAACAUAUUUCUAAAGGCUGAGUUGAACUUGUUUCUCAAAUAAUCAAUGUUAGAAAUUUAUUACCAUUCUUUUAAUUUGUUCUACCGAUACUAGUGUUCUGAAUUAACUAGAUUCUAGUGAAAUUUGACUGUAGUGAGGUCCACGUUAUAUUGACAGUAUUUGAUUAACAUUAGUUUUGCUAUCCUUGUCUAUCAUUCUACAAAGCAGCGCUAUCCUUUUCUAGUUCAGCAACGUUGCCAAAUUGUCUUUUAACAAUCUAGAAAUAUUUAUGAAUAAUAUAUUUAAUGGCAGUUAUGAAAACUUAGUGACGGUUGCACAAAAGCCGGUUAAAUUUUAACCGU